UCAGCCAAGAUGGAUCUCAAGAGUGCUCUAGAAGAGUGCAAAGUGGCAUUGAACCUAUUUCUAAAUAACAAAUUUACAGAUGCCUUAGAAUUGCUUCGUCCAUGGGCAAAGGAGAGCAUGUACCAUGCCUUGGGCUACAGUACCAUUGUGGUGUUGCAGGCUGUCAUGACCUUUGAGCAGCAGGACAUCCAAAAUGGCAUUUCUGCCAUGAAGGACGCUUUACAAACCUGCCAAAAAUUCAGGAAAAAAUGCACGGUUAUAGAAUCUUUCUCAAGUCUUCUUUCUAGAGGGUCACUGGAACAGCUGAGUGAAGAGGAAAUGCAUGCUGAAAUCUGUUAUGCCGAGUGUCUCCUGCAGAAAGCAGCACUCACGUUUGUGCAGGAUGAAAAUAUGAUCAACUUCAUCAAAGGUGGACUCAAAAUUAGAACAAGUUACCAAAUAUAUAAAGAAUGUCUUUCUAUCCUGCAUGUAAUUCAGAAGAAUAAACAUGAGCAGGAAUUCUUCUAUGACUUUGAAGGAGGUGCCAAGCUCGGAACAGGGGCCUUUAAUUUGAUGCUAUCCCUUUUACCAGCAAGGAUUAUCAGACUACUAGAAUUUAUUGGAUUUUCUGGAAACAGGGAGCUGGGUCUGCUGCAGUUACGGGAAGGCACAUCAGGAAGAAGCAUUAGGUCUCCACUCUGCUGCUUAACCAUCCUAUCUUUUCAUACUUACAUCUCCCUAAUACUCGGUACAGGAGAAGUGAAUGUCGUGGAAGCAGAGAGUCUCCUUGCACCCUUCCUCCAGCAGUUUCCAAAUGGCUCACUCAUGUUGUUUUAUCAUGCCCGAAUAGAGCUGCUGAAGGGGAAUGUUGAAGAGGCACAAGAGACAUAUCGAAAAUGCGUUUCAGUUCAAGAAGAGUGGAAACAGUUCCAUCAUCUCUGUUACUGGGAACUAAUGUGGAUUUAUAUAUUUCAACAAAACUGGAUGCAGGCGUAUUACUAUUCAGAUUUGCUUUGCAAAGAGAGUAAAUGGUCCAAGGCAACGUAUGUGUUCAUAAAAGCUGCAAUUUUGAGUAUGCUUCCAGAGGAGGAUGUAGUAGCAAUUAAUGAGAAUGUGGUAACUUUAUUCAGACAGGUGGAUGGCUUGAAGCAGAGAAUUGCCGGUAAAUCUAUCCCUACUGAGAAGUUUGCCGUGAGGAAGGCUCGACGCUACUCGGCCUCCUUGCCUGCACCUGUGAAGCUCACCUUGCCUGUCCUGGAAAUGAUGUAUGUCUGGAAUGGUUUUUCAAUAGUGAGCAAAAGAAAAGACCUUUGUGAAAAUCUAUUGGUAACCGUUGAAAAGGCUGAGGCAGCUUUGCAGAAUGAAGACUUUAACGAGUACUCUGUGGAUGAUGAGUGCUUAGUGAAGUUACUUAAAGGAUGCUGCCUCAAGAGCUUGCAGCGGCCCUUGCAAGCUGAGCUGUGCUUCAAUCACGUUGUGGAAAGUGAAAAGCUAUUGAAGUAUGACCACUACCUAGUGCCAUUCACUCUGUUCGAGUUGGCAUUUUUGUAUAAAAACCAAGGGGAAAUUGACAAGGCCAUUAAGGUUCUAGAAACUGCAAGAAACAACUACAAAGACUACUCUCUGGAGUCCAGACUACACUUCAGAAUUCAGGCAGCUCUUCACCUCUGGAGAAAACCUUCCUCAGACUGACUGGACGUGAAGGAUGGAAUUUUCCUUCAAUUAGCAUCGACAUCUGCUUUAGAUUAGACCUUGUAUGAAAGUGGAUAAGUGAUCUUGUGAAUAAGAGAUAAAACCAAUUUUAUUGUUAAUAUUUUCUAUCAUUUGAGUGGCUUACUGUUGGUCCACAUUUUUUUUUUUCCUAUGGAAUGAUGUUCAAUACUGUCUAGAAAAUUCAUAUAUUUUGCCUCUCCAAAAAGAAUUUCAUAUUAGAUUUGAAUUGGGGAGUGAAGAAGUCUUUUAAAAGACUCACAGGUACAGUAAAGUAUAAUUAGAGUAUUUAUUUUUUUAAUGUGGAAAUUAAUAUUGUUUAAGUAGCAAAUGGUGUACAAGUUGAGCCAUUUUUAGAUUUGUUGAUUGGUUAAACUUCAGGGGUAUUUUGUUGCCUGGUAUUUAAAUUUCAGAGGGGAAAUAAUAGUCACAUUCAAAAUAGCUUAACAAUGACCUGAAAACUUCUGAAAAAUACAGGCAAAGGUGUGAACAGGAAUGGGGUAAUGUACUUUGUAGGUUCAAGAGACCUAUGUCUGUAAGAGAUGAUAAAAUAUUAGGUUUUUUGUUUUUGUUUUUUGCUCUUCAUGUUGCCUAA